AUGCGGAGGAAAUCGAGGAUAUUGUUGUGUUUCGCGGUGCUCUGGGUCUUGGGAAUAGCUUACUACUUUUACUCUGGGACAGCGCUGAGUCGGAAGGAUGAAUGGAGCUCCAGUGACUCGCUCAGUAAAAAGUUGCACAAUUCAGACGACAAAACCAACCUGCUUGAAACUCUUCCUCCAGGGAAAGUGCGAUGGCAGGACUUCGAUCAGGACCUGUACGUUGGCGCUACGGUUGUUCGACCGGGACAGGACCCCUAUGCAAGAAACAAAUUCAACCAAGUGGAAAGUGACAAACUGCGCAUGGACAGAGCUGUGCCUGAUACUCGACAUGACCAUUGCAGGCAUAAACAGUGGAAAACAGACUUGCCGGCUUCCAGCGUUGUCAUCACUUUCCACAACGAGGCACGCUCUGCUUUGCUGCGGACCGUGGUCAGUGUCUUAAAGAAAAGCCCAUCCCAUUUAGUCAAAGAGAUCAUUUUGGUGGACGAUUAUAGUGAUAACCCUGAAGAUGGAGCACUUCUCGGAAAGAUUGAGAAAGUACGUGUUUUGAGGAAUGACCGCAGAGAAGGGUUGAUGCGUUCAAGAGUGCGAGGGGCAGAUGCUGCCACUGCCCCAGUGCUCACUUUCCUGGACUCUCACUGCGAAUGUAACGACCACUGGCUGGAGCCACUGCUGGAGAGAGUUGCAGAGGAUAAAACUCGAGUAGUUUCCCCCAUCAUCGACGUCAUCAACAUGGAUAAUUUCCAGUACGUGGGAGCCUCUGCCGAUCUAAAAGGAGGAUUUGACUGGAAUCUGGUCUUCAAAUGGGACUACAUGACACUCGAGCAGAGAAGGGCCCGGCAAGGAAACCCUAUUGCUCCAAUAAAGACGCCGAUGAUAGCAGGAGGUCUCUUUGUUAUGGAUAAGGAAUACUUUGAGCUGCUGGGGAAGUAUGACAUGAUGAUGGAUGUCUGGGGAGGAGAGAAUUUGGAAAUCUCCUUCCGAGUGUGGCAGUGUUCGGGCAGCCUGGAGAUCAUCCCCUGCAGCCGCGUGGGUCACGUUUUCAGAAAGCAGCAUCCGUACACGUUUCCAGGAGGAAGUGGCACCGUGUUUGCAAGGAACACAAGAAGAGCCGCUGAGGUGUGGAUGGAUGAAUUUAAAAACUUCUAUUAUGCUGCUGUUCCUUCUGCCCGAAAUGUUCCUUAUGGAAACAUUCAGAGUCGGCUGGAGAUGAAAAAGAGAUUAGGCUGCAAACCUUUCAAGUGGUAUCUAGAGAAUGUCUACCCUGAAUUGAGGGUUCCGGAUCAUCAGGACAUUGCUUUUGGAGCUUUGCAGCAGGGAGGAAACUGCCUGGACACACUCGGCCAUUUUGCAGAUGGAGUGGUUGGGGUUUAUGAAUGCCACAACGCAGGCGGAAAUCAGGAAUGGGCUUUGACAAAGGACAAGUCCGUGAAGCACAUGGAUUUGUGUCUGACGGUGGUGGACAGAGCCACCGGCUCCUUAAUCAAGCUCCAAGGAUGUCGAGAGAAUGACAGUCGACAGAAAUGGGAGCAAAUAGAGUCCAACUCAAAGCUCCGUCAUGUGGGCAGUAACCUGUGCUUGGACAGCCGCAGUGCCAGGAUGGGGGGUCUCACGGUGGAGGUCUGCGGGCCCAGUCUCAACCAACAGUGGAAGUUCACCCUGAAUUUACAGUCGUAG